AUGUCUUCCGCUCAGAUGGCUUUGGAGUACCUGCUCGUCUACUGCACAUCGCAUGGACUGACAACCAUUGGCGAACCACCCCUGCCAAAGACAUACCAACCAGUCGGAGAAUCUCUCCUGCAGACUUCUCGCGCGAAUAAGCACUCCAAUUUAAAUUCGAAAGACGCUAUGCCCGUCUGGAUCGUACUUGUCUUUCUUACUCUAGCCACAUUGAAGUACUGUCUCUCUUUCGUUGUAUGGUAUGUUUAUCAGGUUAUCUCAACAGUUAUCAUUGUUGCGGACAGAAGAAUCAGAACCAUUGCAGCGGCUAGUGCGCACAAACACCCUGAGUCUCACCGUGCUCGGCUCGAUAGCUUGGUCCAGAGAAUGCGAGUCAUCAACCGGUUCAAAGCAGCUGGAGCUCAUCGACUCAGAGGAGUCUCAGUUGGCGAGGUCCGCCUGGAUCUCAAGCGGAGAGAUACGAUGAAAGAAAGCGGACCAGCUGCCAAGCCCAGCAAAAGCGCGGUGAUGAACACCUGGGAUCGCAUUACUAGCUACGCUUGCUUUCGAGGAUUCAUCGGUUACCUAUACAUGGCCGUUCCCCAGUGGUAUUUUGGGAUGAUAUGUGAUUUCUUCUUAUCAGGACAGCCUAGCGAGCUCAGCCUCGGCUAUGGGACGACAUCUAUCAUUCUCGCAACAAUGUGGGGCCCCGGACUUGCAACAUGGACGCAUUAUACAAUAACGCCCCCCUAG